AUGAGUGCACGGACCUGGGCUUUCGUCUGCUCCCUCGCGGUGGCUGUGGUCCGCGUCAGCGCAACAUCCAGCGAUGGCCUCGUAGAGCAGCGUGAAGUCUCCUCUGACAUCCGCCGAUUCAUGAAAGAUAAUCCGCCACCAGAGUCAUUCAUGAUGCAGAGGGAACUUGACCUAUUUGAGAUCCUGAAUGAUUUUGAAAAGACACCAAAUCCAGGAUUCUCACCGAGAGCAUCUCGCCCUCAUCCCUUAAUCCGUGAGAUGAAGUACCAUGUGGAAUUCCCUCUCGCUCGCCCGACUGCAGAGAACCUCCGCUCCAUCUGCCUCCAUGGAGCUCAUCGCCCACGGUACCCUGCGUCCUACUUCCCUACCCAUGGUUUUGGGGUGCACAAACGUGAGGCCGAUGCGGUGAACACUCUGGAGGCCUGGUUUGAGAAGUGCUGCAGACUGCACAAUCAGACAGAGGAAGCACUUCUUUGUUGCGCCACUCAAUCUUGGGAGAAGUCCAUUAACCAUUUUUGUAAAGUGGGCUUUGCCUUAAAGACUACACACUUCCAUUGCUGUAAGGUGAACAGGAGUGAGAGGUUUCCAUGCUUUGACAGUUCAUCUCCAAACCCAGACUACAGUCCCACAGAGGACUCACCUGUGCAGCCUGUGCCGCCCAAAGUCAAGUUCAACUUUGACCACAGCUCAUGCUCUGGGACAGCCGUGACUCCUCACAGCAUCAGAGGACAAAAUAAGGGUAAGAGCCCAGCCGCCCCCCUCAAAGUGGACCUGGAGUUCCCCCUGUCUGCUCCCACCGAGUCCAACGUCCAGUCCAUUUGUGGAAACCUCAAACAGCUGCCACACUACAACAUGAAGUGCUUCAAAGGUCAGGGCCUCGCGGCUCUUCAGGCCAGAUCUACCAACUCCCUCAAGAAACGCUUCAAACUGUGCUGCAGGGGAAAGGAAAGCCCUCUGCCCUGCACAAAGCUGUCGUGGGAGGAGGAGAUGACCAGGUUCUGUGACGGCUGUAAGCACCAAAGGAUUGAUUUUCCCUGUUGUGAAGGAGGAGUUGAGCUCAACUGCUUCAAAAAUAUGUCUUCAAACCUGGACUACAACUACACCCUCUCAACGGGUCUGUCACUGAGCGAUGUAUGUGACACCCACAAGAUUAUCACAAAAAAAUUCUCUGGUAAAGUUCCUCUCAAGAGUGUGGUGAGCAAAUGCUGCGACCUGUCGCCAUCAGAGAGAAACGCCUGCGUCCUUCAAUCGGUGGAGGAGCUGUUUGUAGAGAUUUGCUCAUCCAGAAACUCUCCUCCUAAACCUGUCCAACGCUGCUGCCGUUUGUUAUCUGCAGAAUGUUUCAAUAAAGUUCUCAUGAAUGCCAUCACCAAGGCAACCAGCUCUACAAAGCAGAGGAAGAAAAAAUGUCCCAAACCUGAGAACAUGUCUUAA